AUUUAAUCGAUAGUUACAGCGACAGUGUAGUCAAUGCGGGCGAUAAUAAAAGUAUUUUUUCGGCAUCCAUGCGAACGCACUGUAAUUGUGUUUUGUUUAUCGUGUCACUCGACUCGUUUGCGGUACUGUGUGUAUUAUUUUCGUGCGAUUGACUUUUUUUUUAUCUUCUAAUAAGUUUUACGUGUUGUAUUGAUUUUGUCGGCUUUUUAAAGUUUACGCCGUCAUCUCCGUCCGAUUCCAUAUAGGCUUCGGGUGCUUUCGGAAAUGGCCAGCCCCUCACCAAACUCAAUGGGACCUCCGGGGCCCAAUCACCAACCACCACCUCCGACUCAACAGCAACCACAACAGCAGCAGCAGCAACAACAGCAGCCAUCACCACAAGUACAACAGCAACAACCAACAACCGCUCCUCAGCCAUUACCGCCACAAAAUUAUUCCCCAAGCCAACCGGUCCCGCCUGCAUCUCCAAACAUGCAGCAGGGUACACAAACUUUUCCACCUCCAGGCAUUUCGACAAGUGGACCGCCUCAAGAAAAUUUAAAUGCAUUACAAAGAGCAAUAGAUUCUAUGGAAGAAAAAGGAUUACAAGAAGAUCCUAGGUAUUCUCAGUUAUUAGCUCUAAGAGCCAGGCAAGGUAAUAUGGAUCCAAGUCAAAGGCCACCCUCUUCAAUGCAAGGCAAUUAUCCUUCUCAACAUCCGGAUAAACCACCUUCACCACAGCAAAAUUCUCCAAAUCCUAAUGGACCAAAUGGACCAGUAGCACAAAAUAAUUUAACCCCAGCUCAAAUGCAACAACUUAGAGUUCAAAUAAUGGCUUAUAGAUUAUUGGCUCGACAACAACCUUUAACGCAACAAUUGGCUAUGGCAGUUCAAGGAAAAUCUUCACCUCAAGGUUAUCCACCAGUACCAUCACCACACCAUCGUCAACUUGAACCUGGAGAAAUUGUAGAUAAUAGUAUGGCUAUGCCACCAGGAGGUACAAUGAGAGUUCCAAUGCCAAUGCAGAAUGUUCCCAGGCAACCCAAUCCUCCUGGUCCUAUUCCACAAGCUUCUGUUCGAAUGCCCCAACCGGGUUCAACUACACAGCCUCAGAUCCAACCUCCAAGUGUGCAGCAUCCUCAAGGUCAACCACCAAAUCAGUCUCCACCUGUAUCUAUAAAUGGACCUCAACCGCCUUCUAGUAUGGCACCUACAACACCAGGAAUGCCUCAAGCUCCACCACAAAUAAGUGCACCUCAAUCUGUUGGCCAACCACCUAUGGGAGGAGUCCCUCAACCUAUGAUGGGUGGUCCUCAACAAAUGACAGGUAUACCACCUCAUAUGUCAAAUAUGCCUACAACAAAUGGACCAUCUCCUCAACAACCUUUACAACAACAACAACAACAACCUCAACAACAGCAACAAGUCCAGGGUCCACCACCCCCGGUUAAACAAAAUAGAACCACUACAUGCCCAAAACCAGUAGGGUUGGAUCCUCUUAUUAUGUUACAAGAACGUGAAAAUCGUUUAGCUGCUCGUAUUGCUCAUCGUGUACAACAACUCAGUAAUUUGCCAACUACAAUGAGUGAUGAUUUAAGAAUUAAAGUAGAAAUUGAACUUAGAGCAUUGAGAGUAUUAAAUUUUCAAAGACAGCUAAGAGCUGAAGUAGUAGCUUGUACUCGCCGUGAUACUACUUUAGAAACAGCAGUUAAUGUAAAGGCAUAUAAACGAACAAAAAGACAAGGUUUAAGGGAAGCUAGAGCAACUGAAAAAUUAGAGAAACAACAAAAAUUAGAGGCUGAAAGGAAGAAACGUCAAAAACAUCAAGAAUACCUAAGCACUGUAUUACAACAUUGCAAAGAUCUUAAAGAGUACCAUAGAAAUAAUAUUGCUAAGAUUGGACGUCUCAAUAAAGCUGUGCUUAGUUAUCAUGCCAAUGCUGAACGAGAACAAAAGAAAGAACAAGAAAGAAUUGAGAAAGAGCGUAUGCGAAGAUUAAUGGCUGAAGAUGAAGAAGGAUACAGAAAAUUGAUCGAUCAAAAGAAAGAUAAACGUUUAGCUUUCUUGCUUUCACAAACUGAUGAGUAUAUUGGUAACCUUACAGAGAUGGUUAAAGAACAUAAAUUGGAACAGAAACGUAAACAACAAGAAGAACAAAAGAAAAAAAAGAAGAAAGAUGGUCCAGAUGAUCUUGAUGAAAGUUCACAACAAUCAGAUAUGCAUGUUUCAAUAAUUGAACCUUCUACAGGAAGAAUGUUAAAAGGAGAAGACGCUCCACUUGCAUCACAGUUAAACAGUUGGUUAGAUGCUCAUCCUGGUUGGGAAGUAUUAGAGGAGUCUGAUGAUGAAGAUGAUGAAGAACAAGAAGAAGAUGAAGGAAGUAACCAAAAACUCAAAAAAAAUAAUAUUGAAAAAGAAGUUGAUGAAAAAGAACCGAUUAAAAAGGCCAAAAUGGAAGAUGAUGAAUACAAAAAUGCUUCCGAAGAGCAUACUUAUUAUAGUAUUGCUCAUACAAUUCAUGAAAGUGUUACUGAACAAGCUUCUAUUUUAGUUAAUGGUAAUCUAAAAGAAUACCAAAUAAAGGGUCUUGAAUGGUUAGUGUCAUUGUUUAACAAUAAUUUGAAUGGAAUACUUGCUGAUGAAAUGGGUUUAGGAAAAACUAUUCAAACAAUUGGUCUAAUUACAUACCUCAUGGAAAAAAAGAAAGUAAAUGGACCCUUUUUGAUUAUUGUACCUUUGUCAACAUUGUCAAAUUGGGUAUUAGAAUUUGAAAAAUGGUCUCCUUCAGUUUUUGUUGUAGCCUACAAAGGCUCUCCAAUUAUGCGUCGAACAUUACAGGCACAAAUGCGAUCUAGUAAAUUUAAUGUUUUGUUAACCACUUAUGAGUAUGUUAUAAAAGAUAAAGCGGUUUUAGCUAAGCUCCAUUGGAAGUAUAUGAUCAUAGAUGAAGGUCAUCGUAUGAAAAAUCAUCAUUGUAAACUGACACAAGUUUUGAACACACAUUACAAUGCACCACAUAGAUUAUUACUUACUGGUACACCAUUACAAAAUAAGCUUCCUGAACUUUGGGCCUUGCUAAACUUUUUACUGCCUUCAAUAUUUAAAUCAUGUUCAACAUUUGAACAAUGGUUCAAUGCACCAUUUGCAACUACUGGAGAAAAAGUAGAACUAAACGAAGAAGAAACCAUUUUAAUUAUCCGUCGUCUUCAUAAAGUUCUACGUCCAUUCUUGUUAAGACGUUUGAAAAAAGAAGUAGAGUCUCAGUUACCCGAUAAAGUUGAAUACAUUGUUAAAUGUGAUAUGUCUGGCUUGCAACGUGUAUUAUAUAAACAUAUGCAAAGUAAAGGUGUAUUACUUACUGAUGGUGCAGAAAAAGGAAAACAAGGCAAAGGUGGUGCUAAAGCUCUUAUGAAUACAAUUGUUCAAUUACGUAAAUUGUGCAAUCAUCCAUUUAUGUUUCAAAGUAUUGAAGAAAAGUAUUGUGAACAUAUUGGAACUGCUGGCAAUGUUGUUCAAGGACCAGAUUUAUACAGAGUUUCGGGAAAGUUUGAAUUAUUAGAUCGAAUUUUACCAAAACUGAAAGCUACCAAUCAUAGAGUAUUAUUAUUUUGCCAAAUGACUCAACUUAUGACUAUUAUGGAAGAUUAUUUGGGUUGGCGUGGUUUUGCUUAUUUACGUUUGGAUGGUACUACUAAAGCAGAAGAUCGUGGUGAUUUAUUGAAGAAAUUUAACAGUAAAGGAAGUGAAUAUUUCCUUUUCUUGUUAAGUACUAGAGCAGGAGGUCUUGGUUUAAAUUUACAAGCAGCUGACACUGUUGUUAUAUUUGAUUCUGAUUGGAAUCCACAUCAAGAUUUACAAGCUCAAGAUCGUGCUCAUCGUAUUGGUCAAAAAAAUGAAGUACGAGUACUACGUUUAAUGACAGUUAAUUCAGUUGAAGAACGUAUAUUGGCUGCAGCACGAUAUAAAUUAAAUAUGGAUGAAAAAGUUAUCCAGGCUGGUAUGUUUGAUCAAAAAUCAACUGGAUCAGAACGUCAACAGUUUUUGCAAUCUAUUUUACAUCAAGACGAUGGAGAUGAUGAAGAAGAAAAUGAAGUACCUGAUGAUGAAGUAGUCAACCAGAUGAUAGCACGAUCAGUUGAGGAGUUUGAAACAUUCCAAAAAAUGGAUCUUGAACGUAGGAGAGAAGAUGCAAAAUUUGGUCCAAAUCGAAAAUCAAGAUUGAUUGAAAUAUCAGAAUUACCUGAAUGGCUUGUUAAGGAUGAAGAUGAGGUGGAAAGAUGGACAUAUGAAGAAGAUUCUGAAGAGAUAAUGGGACGUGGUUCUCGUGCUCGUAAAGAAGUUGAUUAUACUGAUAGUUUAACUGAAAAAGAAUGGUUGAAAGCUAUAGAUGAAAAUGUUGACGACUUUGAAGACGAUGAGGAAGAAGAAGUAAAAUCAAACCGAAAAGGGAAUCGUGGUAAAAAGAGGGGCAAACGAAAUGACGAUGAUGAUGAACCAAUAAUUAGGAGACGUAAAACAAUUGGACCAGAAGAACUAAAACUUCGGAAGAAAAUGAAAACAAUUAUGAACAUUGUUGUCAAAUAUACUGAUGCUGAUUCCAGAGUACUGAGUGAACCAUUUAUGAAAUUACCAUCUAGACACAAAUUACCAGACUACUAUGAAGUAAUUAAGAAACCCAUGGAUAUUAAAAAAUUAAUGACUAAAAUUGACGAUGGAAAGUAUGCAGAUUUAAAUGAACUUGAAGCAGAUUUUGUACAAUUGUGUAAAAAUGCUCAAAUAUAUAAUGAAGAAGCUUCACUUAUUCAUGAAGACUCAAUUGUUUUACAAUCAGUUUUUACAAAUUCUCGUCAGCGAUUAGAAACAACUGAUAUUCCAGAAUCGGGUCCUGAAGAAGGAACCAAAAGUGAAGAUGAAGUGUCAGAUGCUGAUACAACUUCUUCUUCAGUUAAAUUAAAAUUAAAAAUGAAAUCUCGCGGUAAAGGUUCUGAAGUUAGAACAUCUAAUCGUCGAAAGAAAAAGAAACAUAUAAGCGAUGAUGAAGAUGAUGAAGAUUCUAAUUUAUAAACAUAUAAUUUAGUAUUUAGACAUUUAUUAUUGCUAUUUACAUUUAAGAAUUUAGUUAAGGAAUAUUUGUUUUCCUCAAAUCUUAGAAAUUAGGUUUAAUUUCUUGAGUGGUUUAAAAUUUAACUAAUUUAUGUAUAAGUGAAUUUAUUGGGUCGAGAACAAAUUAAUUUUUGUAUAUAUUAUCAAUACAGUGAGUAUGUUAUUCAUUGAAAUGAGAUUCAAUGUUGUGUGCACAUAUUGCAUGUAUUGGAUUCCAUUUUUGUCAACCCAAAAUUGUACUAUCUGAAUACAGCAAAAAUUAAUUAAAUAUUGUAAUACACUUCAUUAGUGUUCUAUUUGUAGUAGAUAUUUGUAGUUGGAUAUGAAGUCUCUUGAUUAAUAUAUUAUAAUAAUAUGCAUUAA